AUGAAUAAGAGUAGACGUGCACACAUGCUUCCGCUUUUAUUAGAAACAGAAAUACGGAAAAUUGUAUCGUUUACUGAAUCACCGAUCAAACACCCUAUCCUCAAAGCUUUUAGAUUCAAGUCAAGCGUUUACGACGAGGCAGCACAGUUCGUAUAUAUCCUCACAAAGGGAUCCCGAAAUUAUCUGGUACCAAAUGACUUUGAGCCGCUCAUUCAGGACCUGAUCGAUACUCUGCCCUCACUGCAGCUCCUGAAAGACGAACCAUCUUUUCAUAGCGCUUACAUUGAAACAGUUAAGUAG